AUGGUUCUGUUCCACGUCAUCUUCACUAAGGACCCGAAGUUGACAGGGCAGCCUCCAGCUAGGACAUUGCGAAUCAGUGCGAUGAGGGAAAAGAACUCGUUGCUGAGCAGCUGCUGGGGCUCUGGAUUCCGAAAGAGCUCAUGGAGUCCGCGGGUGCAAUACGGCGGCCUUGAGGAAGGAGUACGGAGACCAAAAAAGAGCCUAAGUAUUUGGGGGAGCAAGAAAAAGGGCGACGAUUGCCCUGAGCUGGAGAGUUCAAUGGCUGAGAGUAGUCUCCGGGCUCCGGACCUUGGGGCUCGACUAAGCGCGUCCAGCUGUCUGGGAAGAUGCCGGAAGAGCUCACUAGAUGCUGGGAGGCGGCAGCCCUUUUCUGGAAAGUCCUUUUACUUGGAUCUGCCUGCUGGCAAGAACCUGCAGUUUUUGACAGGGGCCAUCCAGCAGCUGGGCGGGGUAAUUGAGGGUUUUCUGAGCAAAGAAGUAAGUUACAUCGUAUCCAGCCGCCGGGAGGCCAAGGCAGAAAGCUGUGGGACAAGCCGCAGAGGCUGCUCCAGCCCCGGUGAGGCCCGAGUGGAAGUGCCGUCCAGGGCCAGUCGGCCAGCCAGCCGCGCCAGGCCUGCGCAGAAACCCGCAGACUCGGUGCCCAUGAGCCGGGGCAAGGAGCUGCUGCAGAAGGCCAUCAGAAACCAGGACAGCCUGUCCGCUGGGUGCUCAGGCCUCGUGGCGUCUCACGCUGCCGCUUCCUUCCAGGGGAGCAGCAGCAGCGUCCUGACCAACGCCCGCUCCUGGGGAGUGAGGAUCCUGCGUGUGGACGAAAUGAUGAUGCACGUGCAGCAGCUCUCCUCAGAUGCUUUGCGUCUGAAGAAACGAGGGCCAGAGAAGCCCGAGGGACCAUGUCCAGCCGAGUCAAGAACGCGGAGAGUGGCCAGACUGAAAGAACCGUUCCUCAAAAUUGAAGACGAGAGCCGGAAGUUUCGUCCUUUCCACCAUCAGUUUAAAUCCUUUCCAGAAAUUUCUUUUCUGGGACCCAAAGACGCAAGUCCCUUUGAGGCCCCGACGACCCCGGGCAGCUCACACCGCACCAGAGAGCCCAAGGGCCAGGAGGCAGGCCUGAGGCCCGCCGCCCGCGCCGCGCGCAGGAGGAGGAAGGGGUACUGUGAGUGCUGCCGUGAGGCCUUCGAGGAGCUCCACGGGCACCUCCAGAGUGCCCAGCACCAGGGCUUUGCCCGAGAGGCCCACCCGUACGCAGAAGUCGAUCGCAUCAUCGCCCAGCUCAGCCACAGCUUCGCGGACAUCCCCUUCCAGGCCAGCCUGCCCAGGCAGCCAGGCUCCCCAACUUCGGAUCCUGACCUCCUGUGUCCUGAGACGCUGUCUCCCAGCCAGCCCGCCUGUGGCGGGGCAACACCUCCCAGGAUGAGGGAGGAAGAGGACCACCAGACCCUGGGCAGCCUGGGACAGGACGGGGUGGUGGGUGGCAUGAAGGCACCAGCUGACUGUGGAGGGGCUGGUGCAGUGCCUGGACUAGCAGCAAGCGGCAGAGACCCGGGGGGGUUGGCUGACGCCAUUGUGGACUCCCCAGGAACACUGGUGUCCAGGAGCCCCACUUGCCAGUGCCUUCCGACCAGCUGCAGUUUUGCGGACCUCUCUGGCUCGGACCCAGUGCUUGUUGGCCACAAGCGGAAGGUUCAGUUCCCCGGUGGCAAUGCUGAGAAGCGGCCAGGGGUCUCCUGGCCACAGGCCUCAUUCUUUGUUCCGAGAGCCCUCAGCCCCUAUGGCACCUGGACAGCUGAUGGCAGACAGCGCUUCUCCCUUCCCCUUCCAGGCCAGGAGUCCAGCCCUCUGACCUCUGUCCUGCCCUGGUGCCCCCCACAGACCAGCCUCUCCCUCCCAGACCCCUUCCCCUGGCAGCUCGCAGACAGGCCAGCUGAGCUCUGGGCCACACCGGCCCCCUGGCCUGGGGGAGGAUACUCCCCAGGUUCUGAGGAUUCUGAGUGUGCAGCCCCUAGCCCUGUCUCUCAGCAGACUGACCAGCCUCCCAGCUGCUCUGCAGCUGCAGGCCAGCUGGCAGCCCACCUGUACUCAGCUGCAGGCACGUAGCCCCCAGGAGGGCCUGUGGAGAGCCAGGCUACCUCUCUCCCCAGCCCUCUGCCAACCAGUGGGGGAGCAACCUCUCCUGGCCCCCUGCCUGCCCAUCUCCCUGCACCAGCAGCAAAGUGCUCUCGUGUGGCACUCAGGGCACGAAGCUCUUCUUGGGGCCAGACCUUCUGGCUGGAGGGUCAGGUGUGCAGAUAAGAGUUACACCUCACUGAGUGCUGCGCACCCAGCCAGGGCAGAACAGAGACAAUGCGGAGGCACAGUGCCCCAGGGCCUCUCCAGCAAAGCCAGAAGGCGCCUGGGGCCGGGCCUUUGAAGUCCAAGUGAACAGCUGUGGCCAUGGCCAAGCUCUGGGCUGGACAGGUCUGGUCCUCCUGUCCACCCAGGCUUCAGGUGAGACCAAGGGAGUGUGGGCUUAGAGACCGCCCUCUCCUACCCCUGCCUCUAGCCGAGUUCCUGCCUGGGCAGGGAUCUGCGAUGGGCUUGUCCAGCCAUGGCCAGCUGCCUACUUGCCAGGAGGCAGAGGCAAGCUUGGCAUAGGAAGGGAUUACAGAGAAGCUGGAGCAGCGGGAACCCUGGCCUGGCUUCCUGUCCCUCCGCAGGCACUUGCCUCUUUGCAGAGCCCAGGGUUGGUUAGUGUUCCCCACCCCCACCCCAGUCUCCUUUUGCACAAGCAUGUGGCUCUCUCCUGCCUUCUGCAAAGCCUGUGUGUCCCCUCCCCCAGCCCCCCACGCUGUGCACACAGAUCCUCGGGAACAUAUGAAGCAGAGGAGGGGCUCAGCCACUGCACUCACAGAGCUCCCUCCCCCCGCACUUAGUGGGGCCCCAGCACUGACCUUGCCCCUGAGCCCAAGAUGUGGCCAGGUCCCUGUCUGGGGACAGACCCCUCUCUGCUCUUUGCUGCCUGGGUCUGGGGCCACCCACCUGGGACUCUGUUCCGGGGUCAGCAGCUCCCCAGCCAACUCCUCCAUCACCCUCCUCGUUCCCCCCAUCCCUCCCUCCCUGAGGACCUCCCCCUAUUUCUCUCAGCCAAGCCAUUAAUCUGGAGACAGAGAUGGGUUUGCUAUCGAUUCUUUAGCCACUUUUUUUUUUAUUACAUUUUGU